GGGCUGGGGGGUGGGAAGUGUCACGUGGGCCGCGGGCGGCGCAACUCUCGGCCCUAGGCGCCCCUUGGCUGCGGGCUCCCGGGCUCCCGGGCUCCCUAUCCCUUGUCCCUUCUCCGCCGCGCCAAGUGUAUUGCCGCCAGGUGCGCCCUCGCCAGGUGCCCCUGGACGCGCCAGGCUGGGGCCACCUCUGAACGCCCCGUGGGGGCCAUGGAUGGCGAGGCAACAGAGGAGAGGGGGAAUCUUGUGCCCCCGCCAGGAGCCCUCGGUGGACCUGGCUUGGGCGGUGCUCUGGCCCUCGGUGGGCGACGAGAGCCCAAGAAGUACGCGGUGACCGAUGACUACCAGUUGUCCAAGCAGGUGCUGGGCCUGGGUGUGAACGGCAAGGUACUGGAGUGCUUCCAUCGGCGCACUGGGCAGAAGUGUGCCUUAAAGCUCCUGUAUGACAGCCCCAAGGCCCGGCAGGAGGUGGACCACCACUGGCAGGCCUCAGGCGGCCCCCACAUUGUGCGCAUCCUGGACGUGUAUGAGAACAUGCAUCAUGGCAAGCGCUGCCUUCUCAUCAUCAUGGAAUGCAUGGAAGGCGGUGAGUUGUUCAGCAGGAUUCAAGAGCGUGGUGACCAGGCUUUCACUGAGAGAGAGGCUGCAGAGAUAAUGCGGGAUAUUGGUACUGCCAUCCAGUUCUUGCACAGCCAGAAUAUCGCCCACCGCGAUGUCAAGCCUGAAAACCUACUCUAUACAUCCAAGGAGAAGGAUGCUGUACUUAAGCUCACUGACUUCGGCUUUGCCAAAGAGACCACUCAAAAUGCCCUGCAGACACCCUGCUACACUCCCUAUUAUGUGGCCCCUGAAGUCCUGGGUCCAGAGAAGUAUGACAAGUCGUGUGAUAUGUGGUCCCUGGGUGUCAUCAUGUACAUCCUUUUGUGUGGUUUCCCACCCUUCUACUCCAACACCGGCCAGGCCAUCUCCCCAGGGAUGAAAAGAAGGAUUCGCCUGGGUCAAUAUGGCUUCCCUAAUCCUGAGUGGUCAGAGGUCUCUGAGGAUGCCAAGGAGCUGAUCCGCCUGCUGCUGAAAACGGACCCCACAGAGAGACUGACCAUCAUGCAGUUCAUGAACCAUCCUUGGAUCAAUCAAUUGAUGGUGGUGCCACAGACCCCACUCCACACAGCCCGAGUGCUGCAGGAGGACAAAGACCACUGGGAUGAAGUCAAGGAGGAGAUGACCAGUGCUCUGGCCACCAUGCGGGUAGACUAUGACCAGGUGAAGAUCAAAGACCUGAAGACUUCUAACAACCGGCUUCUCAACAAGAGGAGGAAAAAGCAAGCAGGCAGCUCCUCUGCCUCACAAGGCUGCAACAACCAGUAACUCAUGGACCCUUGGAGGAGACAGUAACAGACUGCAGUGUGCUGAGGCUCUGGCCAGAAGGGGCCAGAGUUAUUUUUAUAACAAAAAGAUUUUUUUUUUUUGUUUUAAUUUGUCACUUUGAACUUCAGGAUGGAGAGCCCCAGCCCAAGCUCAGUAGGCUCUCCUGGGCCUAAGGGCUGGGGAGCCUUCUACUAUAGUGGAAAUAACUCUCUGCUAGCGAGUGAGGCCACAGCUCUGUCCCUGGAAUGUGGCCUUAGCCUUCUAGACUACAGGGAGUUAUGGCUGGGCUUUCCCUCUCCUACAGAGACACCCCCUGCUGUGUGGGCAGAUGGGUCUGGCCUUGAGAAAGGCAUCCGGCCAUUGGUUGCUAUGGUGACCGGAGACCAUGUUGCUGUCUGUGAAUGCUGAGCAAGAGGGGGAGGAGGGCCAAUCAAGAGUCCACCUCUGCCUUCUUAGGGAGGCUUGUCGCUCUUACACUGGCUGUCCCUCUCAGGUUCACCCCUCUUUAGUCUCCCAAAGGCUGCAGGGUCCACCUUGCUUGCUUCCCUGGGUGGUCCAGCUCUGCCUUGCUGCAGCUCCAGCCCACAUGGGUCCCUGGGCCUAGCCAUCCUGUCACUCUACCCUGUCCAAACAGUAACUUCUCAUCUUAACUGGAGGUGUGCGUGUAUCCAUAUGUGUGUGUGUGUGUGUGUGUGCGUGUGUGUGUGUGUGUGUGUGUGUUGGGGGUAUAUCUAACCCUUUUCCACUUUGGAAAAUGUCACUGUGACAAAAAGCCCCCGUCCCCUCCUGCUCACUAGAUCUCAGGUAGAAAAGCCCUUUUUGCUGAUAGCAAGGGCUACCCUUUGGAAUACGUUUGUGAAAGGGGAUGCUCAGCUCCCCAUUAACCAGGGGCCUCUUUCUGUACUCUAGGUCAGCCUGAGGUGGUAGAGGGCUGCUGUAAGCCAUGCUUACAAGAUCUGGUCCCCGCUUUAGCCUGGGUUGGAGUAGAAAGGGUCCUUCCUGGCUGAUCCAGGCUUAGUCAGCCCUCCAGGUGCCCAGGGCUUGAUAGGUGGCCUGACAAGUGCCUGACACCCAGCCUAGUUCCUGGCUCCUGGCCUUUCUGAUAGGCUGGGAAACCUUAAAUCAUGACAGGUUGGACAGUGCUACUGGGUUUUACAUCUUGAUAUUAAUAAACAUCUUUUUUGACAUUUU